AGGGUUUUAAUGUCUUCAACAGCGUUUCUUCUUCUCCGCCAUUGUUGCCGGUAACGUUCAGAGCUUACGACCCAGUUCUCCUUCUCAGACAAAAGGCAACAACUUUUUAUGUUUUUUAAGGUAAGAGGUGUCCCAUCUUUCAUUUGAGGUUCACCCGAAGAAGGUUGUUCUCUUAUGAAAAGAUCUUAGUUUCAGGGGUCUGUUUUGCUUCCUCUCCAAAGAAUGUUUCUUUCUCCUACGGCCGAGAUUUUCAUUGCAGGAGAUCCGAGUUCUGAUAUCUGCAGCUAUGGAUGAUAUACAAGAACAAUUGUCAUCCCCCUCCUCGCCUAACCAACAGCUGUUGUCAGUUGAUGAGGAAAUUUGGAUGAUGGCUGAAGAGAGGGCCCAAGAAAUACUAUAUACAAUUCAACCAAAUGUGAUUUCAGAGGUGAACAGACAGGAGGUUAUUGAUUAUGUUCAGAGGCUGAUUAGAGGUUACUAUGGGGCAGAGGCCUUUCCAUUUGGCUCAGUCCCACUGAAAACGUAUCUUCCUGAUGGAGAUAUUGACUUGACAGCUCUCACUUAUGAAAGCACAGAGGAGGAUUUGGCUCUAGCGGUAUGCCGUAUGCUUGAAAAUGGAGCCCACUCUGAAUACGAAGUAAAAGACGUACAACAUAUACGUGCACAGGUCCAGCUUGUUAAAUGCACAGUGAAAAAUAUAGCAGUUGACAUCUCUUUCAAUCAGAUGGCUGGACUCUAUGCUUUGCGCUUUCUGGAGCAGAUUGAUGAACUUGUUGGGAAAGAUCAUCUUUUCAAACGCAGUAUUAUCUUAAUCAAAGCUUGGUGCUAUUAUGAGAGCCGAAUUCUGGGUGCACAUCAUGGCCUGCUAUCAACAUAUGCUGUGGAAACAUUAGUCUUGUAUAUUAUUAAUCGUUUUCAUUCAUCAGUGCGUGGUCCUCUAGAGGUGCUGUACAGAUUUCUGGACUACUACAGCACAUUUGAUUGGGAGCAUCAUUAUGUCAGUGUAGAUGGACCGAAAGCCUUAUCUUCCCUUCCAGUAAUUAUUGAGACACCAGAAUGUGAACGGGGCGAAUUUUUGCUCAAUAAAGAGUUUCUGAGAAAUUACAGGGAUAUGUGCUCUGCUUCAGCAAGGGCAAUGGAGACUGUGACCCAUGAAUUUCCCAUUAAACCCAUGAACAUUUUGGAUCCUCUAAGAAAUGACAAUAACCUUGGCCGUAGUGUUAGCAGAGGCAAUUUACAUCGAAUAAGAUUUGCUCUUUCUUUUGGUGCUCGAAAGCUUAAGGAUAUCCUCACACUUCCAGAAGUAUGCAUGGUUGGAGAGAUUGAGAAGUUUUUCGUGAACACUUUGGAUAGAAAUGGGAAAGGAGUAAGGCCAGAUGUUCAAGUUCCAGUUCCUGCAUUUGGUACUGGAAGAUCUGAAAAGUCUGACCUCCGUGGAGAUUGUGACAGUUACUAUGGUGGCCUUCAAUAUGCUCAGUUGUUAAAUUACACCGUACCGCACACUGCACUUACCAUUUCUCCAUCACUGCCUUCUCAAUCUGAUAUGCACGUGCCUCACACUGCACAUACCAUUUCUCCAUCGCUGCCUUCUCAAUCCGAAAUGAUUGUGCCACACACUGCGCAUUCCAUUUCUCCAUCACUGUCUGCUCAAUCCGAAAUGUUUGUGCCGCACAUUGCACAUUCCAUUUCUCCAUCACUGUCUUCUCAAUCUGAUAUGUUUGUGCCGCACAAUGGAUAUUCCAUUUCUCCACCACUAUCUUCUCAAUCUGAUAUGUUUGUGCCGCACACUGCACAUCCCAUUUCUCCAUCACCGCCAUCUCAAGCUGAUAUACUUGUGCCGCACACUGCAUAUCCCAUUUCUUCAUCAUCGUCUUCUCAAGCUGAUAUGCUGGCACUAUCGACACAACAAAACUGUUAUAUGUUUUAUCAAACAGGUACUGAUGUAUAUGUCCCAAUCCCAAGACAGACACUCUAUCAUCCAAAUGCUUCGCAAGCAACUUAUUGCCUUGAAGAAAGAGGGAAAUCACGAGGAACAGGCCCUUACAUACCUGACGUGACUCAUAAUACCUACUGGGAUUUGCACGUAAGGGUGACCAGGCCAAGGAGAUUUCCUCAUGCGAAGCAUAAUGCGUUGCCCCAUUCACCACAGAGAAAGCAGCAACAAGUGGAGGUUCAUUCUGAGACAGACAUGAAUGGUAAUUCAAAAUCAUUUGAGCUCUCAAACGAAGAAUUCCCUGUGCUUCAAAGCAUUCUCAAGACCUGCCCAUCAGAAGCCAAAAUGUAUGAUAAGUUAACUGACCAGGCCGGGAGUCCCUCUUCGCCUCAACUGAAUAUAGAUUUUGGAACUUACAGUAAUUCGGCUUCACUGACAGAACUAAGUUUGCCAACAAAGGAUAAGAAAGAAGAUUCUGGUGUUUCAUCAUCUGAAGGCACUAUGCAAGUUGUCCCAAGGGUGGAAAUGGAGAUGAAAGAGGAAUUUCAUGUGGAAGAUGAGAAGAUGGAUUGACAGUAUCUAACCUAUAGACAUUUUGUAGGAUAACAUAUUAGUGGAGUUCUAAUGUGUUGCUUUGUCACCGCAGCUUGUUUUCUCUGACAAUGCCAACUUGAAGAUAAUACUCAAUUCCCCCCCUUUUUGUUUUUCCAGAUGUAAAUUUGGGAGAAACUAGAAUUGGUUGCUAGUGAUAGUACAGACUUCAUAGGAACAAACCAUUGGUAGGUAUAUUCACCAAUUUUGUUCUACCGUUUGUAUUUUAUACCCCAUUGCUGUUCUCUUCGGUGGGAACAAUUGGCUAUUUUCCUUGGAACAAAAUAACAUCUCCCUUGUAUCCAAAAAAAGAUAACAUAUUU